AUGAGACACGUUCUUUUCACCACGGCCGUGGCCGUCCUCGGCGCGAGCCUGGCCGGCGCUGCACGCAACAUCACAAACGAGAACUCUCGCGGCGAGGCAUUCGUGCCUCAGGCUGGGCUAAAGCAGCUACCGGGCGCCCAGGGAGUGGCAGUGAAUGCGGAGGAAACAGCGACAGCGGGCGCGGUGUCACUCAAACCUAUUCCUGGUAGUGCUGUCGAAGCAUCCAGUCUUCAACCGUUGAAAUCUCUUUCAAGUGUUGCGAAUGUCAACACAGGAGCUCUCCAGGCUCUUCCAGGAGCUACUACCGCGGCUCAGAUCGGAGCGUCGAGCUCUGCUGCGGCUCUCACGCAGUUGAGCACAGCUUCGGCGAUUGCUGCAGCCACAUCCGCGGCAGUCCAAGGAUUUUCGACUAUCUCAGCUGCUCCCCUUGCCACAGGACUUGCCGGCCUUUCAAGCGUCAGCUCCGCAGCAUCGGCCAUCCAGGGGUUCCAAACCAUCGGCGCGGUAAACGCCUCAGCUGCUGUGGAAACGGGCGCUCCGGCUUUGUCAUCGGCUGGAUCUUUGGCACCUCUGCAGACGCUGGCACCUCUUUCACCAGGGGGCUCAAACGGUACAGCUGUCUUGAAGCCCCUUAACAGCGGUGAGGCCGUCACUGCAACUGCCUCGGCCAUCGCAGCUGCAGGAUCCGGCGGGGCUCUAGAGCCGCUUCCAGGAACUCCGGUCACAGCCGGCACGCUUCAACCUCUACCUGGUGCGGAAGGUGCUUCUGCCACCGGUCUCCAGUCCCUCGGAAGUGCAACGGGUGCGAAUGGUGCUGAGGCUACCGGUGCCACAUCAUUGCAACCACUUGGCGGCGGCUCCGAAGGCGGAAGCGGUACCUCACUUCAACCCCUGGGCGGCUCCGGAAGUGAGGGUGCUACCUCGCUGCAGCCUCUUGGUGGUGGCGAGGGUGCCACGGCAACGUCACUGCGGGCCUUGAGCAGUGCCACUGGACUUACAGAAGCAACUGGUACUUUGGCGACGGCAGUCCGCACUGGGUUGAAUGGAACGGCCGGGGUCGCUUCUGCCACCAACGGUAUCAGCGCCGCGGCGACGACCAGUGCCAGUAUCCUUCCCAAUGGGGCCGCUGGCUUAGCGCUACCAUUUACGGCAGUGGGCGGAUUCGCUGGCCUGGUCGCUUUUCUUCUCUUAUGA